AUGUCCAACCUGUUCUCUGGAAUAAAAGCCCAGAUUCGGGGAAACUCUGCCAAGGCAGGGACUCCCGUCAAGAGUCCAACCACGCCGACUGCGUCUGAAGCUCCGGCUCCAGCUGCAGCGUCCCUUCACAGGACCGCGGCCGCGGACCACUACCCGUCCUACAGUUCGACGUCGAAUUCAGCGCCCAGAGUGACUCUGCCCGAAUCCCUGUCGAUCGCCAAGUCAAUAGAUGCUGUGGUUCCCACGCCCCUCGAUAUCCCCCAGCCAUUGCCGCUAUGGCUCAACACGGCCUGUGCCAAACACAUUGUAAAGGGAAACUUUAUGACGCUGAGUGCUCGGCCAAAGACGGUUGACCACGGAGAGUGGGUGGCGCAUCAGGUGGUCGAGCACUACCGUAACCUCUGGAACUUUGUCCGGGUUCUCCACGAGAAAGAGGAGGAUGGCACAAGCAUCUGCAACCCGACAACAUGCCCCAAGAUGUCUGCCGGCAAGAACCACUCGUAUACCUGGCUCAACAGGAAUCACGAGCCGGUGGAGCUGCCGGCGUAUGAAUACAUGACGCUGAUGCAGCGGUGGAUGUCUGGCAAGAUGGACGAUCCCGCGCUAUUCCCUACCGACCCCGACACGGUGUCGUUUGCCAUUCACCCCGAGCACACGAGCAAUGCCGCCCAGCAGGGUCCCGACGAGUGGCUCGGGGCCAGAAGCGGCUUUCCCAAGCAGCUCGGGGGCACCUGUCAACUGAUAUUCCGCCAAAUCUUCCGCGUCUACGCCCACCUGUACUGGGACCACUUCGUGGAGCCCUUUUACCACCUGAACCUGGAGAAGCAGCUGAAUAGCUGCUUCAGCCACUUCAUCCUGACGGCCACGACGCUCGAGAUGCUGCAGCCCAGCGAGCUGGAGCCCAUGCAGUACCUCAUCGACUUGUGGGCGGCCGACGGCACGUUCCCGCCGGAGUCCAGACCCUAUUCGUAUGCCAACGUCGAGCGCGGCCGAUACAUCCAGAGCCUGGGCACCGCAGUUUGA